AUUUCAUAUCCUGCAUCCUAUGUUCACUAGAGGAAACAAAAGAUUUUUCUUUUGGUGUAAGUGUAAAAAGGGGAUUAUAAUAUGUGAAACUAUUCUGAGAAAAAGUUUAUAAUGAGUUCAUCUUUUGCGUUGAAUGGCUACAACCGCGGUUCGGGGAUGGGGGAAUACUUAUGUAUUGGAGAUUAUAUAUGUUUGUAUUGUGAGGAGACAGAAGGAUAUGUGUAUAGCUAUCAAUCCAGUUCUGCCAAUAAUGGAUUAUGUAUAUACACCAACCAGGACCGUAACAGGCCAUUAAACAUUCCUAACGCCCAUGCUGUCGUUUUCCAAGUUUGCAUACAAAACAGAUAUAAGUUGAAUAAAAAAUAUAGAAAAUGGCAGGCACUUUCUGCAGCAGAAGGUUCGGAGUCCGGUAUCAAGGUCAUGCUCAAUCAGGCCAAGCUGGCGGCAGAGGCAGAAAACAAAGACAACAUGGCAGAACAGAAACGACAGCAUGGAAAACGGGUUCGAUAUGGAGAAAUUGUACAGUUAAAACAUUUAUUUACUCGAAAGUUUGUUCAUAUGAGUACCACCCACACCAGCAAAAAAGACAAAAACAACAUGAGAGUGUCAUUACAUGAAUUCAAUGCAAAGAAUGCUCAAUUCCGGAUAUUACCGAGAUAUAAAGUUAAAUCUGAAGGUGAAGUGGUUCAACUAUAUGAUCAAAUAGUGUUUGAAAGUGUUAAAUCCCCAGGUCAUUAUUUUCACUCUAGUGAGCCAUAUCAGAUAGAUCGUUUCUCUGUUGGAGCUGAAGUUAACCUUGGAGUUGAACGAUCAAGCUUUACCCUCAUCGGCAGCUUCCGAGAUACCCCGGAACAAGAAAAAUUUGUUCGAGGUGGCUCAUUUAUACGAUUAUUUCAUAAAGAACUGGAGGCAUAUCUUGUUGGUGAAGGAUUGUUUGAUGAAGUUGUGACAGAGGAUGUUCAUUUCCGUCUUAGAGCGAUUGACCAACACCGGCCUAAGUCUCUUUCUCCGUCCACGUCUGGUCUGACAUAUUGGCAGAUUGAGGCCGAACACAGUAUUCUUGACGGUGACGUGUUGCGCUGGGAGCAACAAAUACGUUUACGUCAUGGACUUACUCGCCAGUAUUUGUGUAUUGAUUCCAAGAUGGAGGUAUCGUUGUUACCUGAUUCUACAGAUCCAAGAACAGUGUUCAGAUUACAUUCUGUUCUAAAGGAAAGAGAUGAGAUUCAGUAUGAGAGCUAUGCUAGAAUUGAACACAUGCUGACUGGCUGUUGGUUACACGCUCUUAAAGACGAAGAUUAUAAGAAACAUCAGUAUGAAGAUGGCGAUAAUGAAAAAUCAAUGCAAGGACUCCGCUGGGACGGGGCUGAGGUCAGAAAAGUAUCUGCCUCCAGUGAAAGUAUCUAUGAUGAUGCUUAUACAAUUCAACGUGUGGAACCCAGAGAUAUUGAUAAUUUUAACUAUGUGGCUGGGAUGGUGCCCUUUCUCUUUAAUCUAAUACAAGAUAGGAAAUCUGCAUCCCAACUGAAUGCUCGAAAAACGCACAGUAUCAUAACGUCAUUAAAAGAGGUCAAAGAUUUUAUGUUGCCUGAAGGUUUGCCUGAUAAAGAUCGACAGAAAUUGAUGAGAAAUUUAAGGGUGAUAGAUUUGCUGGUCAAAUUAUUACAAUGUCCCUUGACAUCCGGAGAAGAAGAAUCACAUCUUAUUAGAGUUUUUAAAGAGGCUUAUGAUGUUUUACACGCCUAUAUGAUUGGCAAAAGUAGGAAAAAUGCGCUGUAUUUCGCCAAAUAUAUAGAUUUCUUUCAAACACAAUUUACUCAAAAGGGUGGUAUUGGCCUGAAUGUUGCUCAGAUGAUAGUAGAAUUAAUACGUGAUAAGAGAAAGAUAGUAGAUAGAAUAACGAAAUCACAUAUUGAUAUAUUUAUACAGUUACUCCGACAAAAUCAGAAUUUCCGGUUUCUGGAUUUGCUACAAGUUUUGUGUGUAUGCGAUGGGGUUGCUAUCCCGAAUAACCAGACAUAUAUUGUACAGCAGUGGUUGCGGUCAUAUAAGGAUAGCGUAUAUUUGAUGGAUAGGGGGCAGAAUAUCAACAAACGCCCUAAUAUAGUAUAUACAUCUACAGACGGUGGUACGUCGUGGACAGCUCUUCAUUUAUUUGUAGAUCCACUUUGUCCUGAAUAUGAUGAAGAUAAAUACCAUUUCUUAUUACAUCAACUUGAAUUACUGAAAGCCUUUUGUUAUGGUAGAAAUGAUUUUGCCAUACAUGUGAUAACAAGAGAAUUUGGAUAUGUAACGUGGGAAGAUGCUUUCUUGUGUAUCCAAGCAGAUUUACUACCAGAUGCUAUUAGAGCCAGAUUUACAGAACUAAUUAUAGGGUUAUUUGUGGAUGUUGGUAAUAAUUAUUCAGUGCUGGACAAUCCUAAUAUAUGCUUUGUCUAUGAUUAUGUUGGCUCCAAAGACUCGGAUAGAGAACAAAGUCAAUAUGAAAAACCCGGGACUGCAACUGUAGAUGGAGAGGUAGUAAAAGACUUGGUAACUAUUUUCCCGGUGUUAAGAGAUUGGAUGGCCGAUUUUCUCAGUUCAAACUGUACAAUGACAGCGACCUUAAUAGGACACAAUUUACUCAUAGAACAGGUUCUUCGAUUGCUGCACCAUCUGGUUAAAUUUGGUUAUUAUAUGGAUCUUGAUGACGUCCGAUUGCUGUUACCACCAUUACUCAGCCUACUGGAUGGCCGUCAUGAUGUUCCGUUCCCGAAAGACAAAGGAAAGGGGUAUUCGAAAGAAGGAAACAAAGCAGUACAGCAUUAUAAAACAACAGGUAGAUUUGAAAAAAGUUUAGAAACAGAAGCCAUUGUUAAUGCGAAAUUUCAAGCAAUGGAGGUUCUGGACUUACUGCUGACGUUUCAAAGAAAUUUAAGACUAAAAGUGUUUGUAGCGAGAUUUAAAGUAACAGAACAGAUAGCUAUAAAGAAGAAAUCACAGACUGUAUUAGAACCACUUCUAUAUGAAACAUUUGAUCCAAGUGAACAGACCAAAAAAUCUCUUAAGAAGCAGAAGGUUGUAUUGAGAGAACUAAGGGAAAUGUUUCAUGGGUCUGCUAUAUUUAUUAUAGAAUCGACUACAGCCAUCUUAAUGGACCUGUCAAAUUAUAAAUAUGAUAAAAUGGUAGUAAAGUCAUUGGAUAUUUUGAAUAAAAUGUAUUCGUCUGAGAAUGACAUGUUCCGAUUAGCUCAACAAGCACUGGUUCUACAAACACACGAUUCUGCUAGAGUACAUCGGGAGGUACAGAGAAGUUUACCUACAUUAAGACGAUUAGCUAGACAAAAACUAAAUGACCAACAAGUUCAACUUAUGAGUGAAGUGUUAGAUGAACUGGCCGAAUUUUGUCAUCUACCUAAAACCCCAGAAGAGCCCCAUCAUAUGAACCAAAACAUUAUGAUUAGUCAUGGAACAGUAUAAGGGAAUGGAAACUGUGUUUAAGAAAACUCUCUACCUUUUAAAACUACUUAUUAGAGAAAAUCACAAAGUUCAGGAGAAGAUAUUUGAAAACUUGGACCAAUUGUUAGAUGUUCAAAUAGUACGAUC